UGAACUGUCACACACACACUCUUAUCCCCACACAUACACGUCCACACACACGGAGUCGCUGCAUGUCGGAGCAAAACGUCUGGACUCUCUCUACCGCCGCUGCUGCCGCCGCUCCUCUCCCGGUUACCGAAGAGCGGCUGUUUGAUUUCGCAGUCUGCGGCGAGCCUCGUCGUGACAGAGUUUGGAGACGGCAGAAGGAGCAGUGAAGGAGGAGGAGGAGGAGGGAGGAAAAAGGUGGUGUCCUCCUGUCAGAAACACAGUCUCCCUCCGACACAUGGCCGACAGCGGGAGACGGAAGGGGCGAGAGUGAGUACGGGACUGACAGAGAUCCAGAAACACACACACAGAAAGAAAGAGGCAGUUGGCCAUCUGCGGGUCGGUCCCCUGCUAUUCUGCAGCUGUGCUGGAGUCAGCAAACGCUCCUCAGUUCCGUCAGGACUUCAGAAACCACAGAGUGAGAUAACGGGGUUCUCCCUACAUCUCGUUGCUCAGGGGAUGAGCAAAGGCUGGGGCGAUGUUAAGGUCUCGCUGGCCUCGGAUUAGGCCCCUGGGGCUACUUCUUUGGAGGGAUGGGUGAUACCCCAGCUGGAUCUUCCGCUGUCGCCAUCCUCCACAGCUGUCAUUAGUGGCUAAUGAGCUGCUGCUAGAGAGGAAACGGAGAGGCAGCCUGUGGAGAGAGGAGGAACCUUACAGCUGUUAUUAAGAGGCCCAGAGCUCUCAGACAAGGAAUUUACCGUUUUUCAUCCUCUGCUAAAGUGGAACCCUUUAAAACUCUUCUGGGUGGAAGCAUGAAAGGAUAUUAACUUUGGAAGUCAUUGUUGUAGACGUCUCUUUUUACCUUUUUUUGUUUUAAUCAUCGUAUUAUUAUGUCUGAAAAUUGUCACCAUGCAGUUGAAAGACCUUUUUUUUCAGAGAGAAGAUUCAGUAUUUAGACGUUAAUUAUUUUUCUCUCUAAACUGAAGGAGUUUCACCUUAACAUUAUCAUCUAUCCUUUUUCUUUAUUUUUAAGCUAUAUUGUUUUACACUUUGAUAUUAUUUCUACCUUCCUAUGCCCUGAAGGAUAUUGGUCACCAUGGCAGCAGCCUAUCGUGUAGUGGUGAGCAGUGUGAGCUGCUACAACAGUGUGGUAGUGGACCGGCGCACUCACUCCCACGCUGUGCACUACUGCUCAGGGCCAUGUGGGGCGCUGUCCCAGGGACUAGACUGUACUGUCGCACAUCGCGGCACCUGCUCCGAGCUGCUUGUUGCACCAGACUGCGCAUACACUGACCCAAACUGCUCACUCAUACACUCCCAUAACAUGAUCACACAACUUCCCAACCAUGGUAAAAUUACCAUGGAUACUAGUUAUAAUGGUCUAGAGAGGGCAGGCAGCAGUGGCAAUUUGUCUUUAGGGGAUGACAGCCCCACGUGGCGUGGCAAAAAAGCCCCCACCAGCGGAGGAUCGACUGGGAACCUGAGCUCCUCUGGCAGUCUGAAGGACAUUACCGAAGAGGCCAUCAACCUGGCCAGUGGUAAGCUCAAAGAGUUCUCUUUUGACAAGCUCCGCCUUUCCUCCUCCAGCCACGUCACCUUCCGGAAAGGACGUAAGGUCCGUCCUGACUCUCUCAGCCGUCGUUCCACCGACCUGGAGAUCAUCUACGGCCACUUCAGCUCCAACAUCACCACAAACGGAACUGCGAAUGGCAUGACAAAUGGCACGGGUACAUCUAACGAUGAGAACCUGCCACCAUUUGUGCCAGGGAAGGUAGCAGGCCUUGAGGAGACAAAGCUAAAGGGCAGCACAGCCACCUUGUCAGCCAUCACCAAAGUGGGUGGUGGAUCAACAAGCAGUCUAUCGAGUAUUGGGUCUUUGGACCAAAGUCUGAACACGGUGGCCUCCCUGUACCGCAACACCCUGGGAGAGGAGAACCUGAUUGCCCGUCUGCUGGAGAAGACACGCGCAGAGGCAGGCACUGGGGGUGCAGGCGGUGAGGACAUCCGUGCCUGCCUUGACAUCCUGCUCAAAUGUUCUGAAGACUUAAAGAAAUGCACCGACAUCAUCAAGCAGUGCAUCAGACACAAAGCUGGUGGAGGGCCAGAGGAUGGAGGAGCCAGUCCUGACAGCGUGUAUCGGGCCGUGAUGACUCGACUCAGCUCCUAUUUGAGGAGAUUACCUCUGGAGCUGGAGGGAAUUGGAAGUUUGGGAGGCAGUGGGCAGGCAGGUCAGGGUUCGCCUGGAAGCGGGCACAGUGAUCUCGCUGAGCUGGUCAACACUCUUCACUCCAUCCAGCAGGGACCGUACUCUCCGAUAUUUGGCAAUGAGCAACCUCCUCGCUAUGAGGACGUGGUGCUGUCACCUCCCAUCCCAAAGACUGUACCUCAUUCUGCAUCGUCCACUUCCUCCUCUGUUUCAUCCUCCUCCUCAUCUUCUUUGAAAUCAGACUCCAUCCACACGAAACCAGCCCAAAGUUCCCCGUCCAGAGCCCCUUCACUCACCAACGGACUACAACAUCCUUCCUCUAUCACACAACACACACUCUCUCCUCCAUCUAUCACAUGCUCUUCAUCCAGCUGCUCUCCAACACACUCUCCCUCCCCUCUCCGUACCUCCCCGACCCCACCAUACGCACACACUCCUCCAGCAUCCCCAAUGGAGGCUCUUUAUAUUGAGGAGGAGGAGGCAGAUGUUGUAAAGACACCUGAACAAAUCUCACAACACACUCCAACCAGAGGGGUGAACACUCCCCAGAACAAAAACGGGAUAACGUUGGGUCAACACAUGCACCUGUCCCAUCCAAACACACUCCAUAACUCUUCAAAUACAACAUACAGCCCCUCCUGGCCUUCAUCUCCCUCAUUAACACCAGCACCCAAAGCUGUCUCACACAGGAACGAUGACAUUGACAAGCUGCUGAUGGACUUGGAGAAUCUGUCUCAGAGUAUGAGUCACCCCAGAAACAUCGAGCCUCCACUUCCAGCCAAAACCAGGAAGAGAGAUGGAGGCCAGGGAAUCACUUCCGGUGACACUCAGCCUAAAAUAGCCCAGUUCCAGGUCCAGAAGCCAGCCAGCCACCUAGCCAUGAAUGGCCCUACCUCCAGGACUCCCCAGAGUCCCCCACCUCCCCAGGGAGGGAGCAGUGAAGCUGUGGUGGGAGAGGAGGAGGAUGGGGCACUGCUGCUGAGGAUCCUAGAGAGCAUUGAGAGUUUCGCCCAGGAGCUGGUGGAUUCUGGGGCGGGGAGCACAGGGAGCGCUGAGAGGAACAGUGGGAAAGAGCGGGAGGUGAUGAGGCUCCUGCAGGAUACACUGGCCACCACUGGCAGGGCUGAUACCCCUCUGGGGGGCACAGGCCCACCAGCUGCUCCCACUGCUCCAUCCGUGCACACAAAUGCAGCAACACAAAUCCCAGCUAUACCACCAAAACUGUCGAAUACACCUGCAGUUUCACCUGCACCAGCACCUAUAGCUCCAGUAUCUGAAGCUGUGAUCAGUGCUGCAUCUGAACCUGCACCUAAACCUACACCUGAAGCUGCCCCCAAACCUCUACCUACACCUACACCUGAGCCUGUAACUGAGGCUUUAGAUACAGUUACAGAAGCCUCUACAAGUGAUCCAACACCCAUCGCUGCCCCUGUAACACCUGCACCUGCAAGCUUGCAUUCCUCCACACAUUCAGCUGAACCUGCACCUGUGGCUGCACCUGAAGCUCCAGCCCCUGCUGACAUCCCAGUCGUGGUAGCUGCAAGAGACGCUGCCGUCGCUGUUGGCGACCUUGCUGCUGCUGCUGCUGCAGUGAGAGACACUGGUUCAACCCUCCUCAUCCAGCAGACUCCAGAGGUGAUCAGAGUCCAAUCCAAACCAGAGAAGAAACCAGGCACACCUCCACCAGCCCCUGCCUUGGCCACAGCCACUCCCACCCCCGCUCCACGCUCUCCCAGCCCUCCACCAGCUCCAGUGAUAGUCACCCCUCCUCCCCCUGCCAUCAACAUUCCCAGGUUCUACUACCCCCGUGGGCUCCCUGCCAUGGGCCCGGCCACCAACCAUGACGCAGCCAUCGCUGCCAUCGAGGCGGCGUUCGCUGAGUUUGAGGAGGAGAAGGCUGACAUAUAUGAAAUGGGCAAGAUUGCAAAGGCAUGCGGGUGUCCACUUUACUGGAAGGCCCCCAUGUUCUACUCAGCUGGCGGUGAGAGGACAGGCUUUGUCUCUGUUCACUCUUUCGUUGCAACCUGGAGGAAGUUGUUGCACAGUUGCCACGAUGAUGCAUCAAGGUUUAUCUCCCUGCUAGCCAAACCCAGCUGUAACUACCUGGAGCAGGAAGACUUCAUCCCUUUACUGCAGGACAUAGUGGAUACACAUCCUGGACUCACAUUUCUGAAGGAUGCACCUGAAUUCCAUUCCCGCUACAUCACAACGGUGAUCCAGCGGAUAUUCUACGUGGUGAACCGUUCGUGGACGGGUCGUAUGACCAUGAUGGAGCUGCGCAGGAGCAACUUCCUACAGACCCUGGCCCUGCUCGAGGAGGAGGACGACAUCAACCAGAUCACUGACUACUUCUCCUAUGAGCACUUCUAUGUCAUCUACUGCAAGUUCUGGGAACUGGACACCGACCACGACCUCUACAUUGACCCCAAAGACCUGGCCAGAUACAACGACCAUGCGUCCUCAAACAGAAUCAUUGAAAGGCUGUUUUCGGGGGCCGUAACUCGCUCUGUCUCUCUGGUGUCCAGGGGUAAUGCUGUGCAGAGGGAAGGCAGGAUGAGCUACGCUGAGUUUGUCUGGUUCCUCAUAUCGGAAGAAGACAAGAAAAAUCCCACCAGUAUAGAGUACUGGUUCCGCUGCAUGGAUUUGGAUGGCGAUGGCGUCCUGUCCAUGUUCGAGUUGGAGUACUUCUAUGAAGAACAGUGUGAGAGGAUGGAAAGGAUGGGCAUCGAACCUCUGCCCUUCCAGGAUUUGCUCUGCCAGAUGCUCGAUCUGGUCAAACCUGAGAGUGCAGGUAAGAUAACACUUGGUGAUUUGAAGCGCUGCCGGAUGGCCCACAUAUUCUUCGACACCUUCUUCAACCUGGAGAAAUACCUGGACCACGAACAGAGAGACCCAUUUGCUGUGCAAAAGGACAUCGAUAGUGACGGUCCAGAGCCAUCUGAUUGGGAUAAAUACGCCUCUGAGGAGUAUGAGAUACUGGUGGCGGAGGAGACUGCAAAUGAACAGCUACACGAGGGGUCCUUUGAUGAUGACUAUGAAUCAGAGGAGCUUCAAGUCCCUGGAGAGAUUGGGAAUAAAAUGGAAAAACUGGUCAUAUCAGACCUGACGGCAUAAACUCCUUCCCUGGAAUUCCUGGGUCUUUCUCUCUGGAAAACAAACAGGAACAAAGUGAUAGAAAGUCCUUUUGGAUCAAAACAAACACAUGGACGUGAAGACAGAGAAAAACGGUUUUGCCAUCUGUUUCUCGAUGACUCUGCGGUCUCCUCAGAAUGGACUGAUCUAUGUUUUUUUUUGUGUGUGUGUGACCGUAAACCAGUACUGUUCUGUGUCUGGUGCAAUAAUGCAUCUGUAUUCAUACAGAAAACAAUUUCACUGCCUCCAGCUCUUCGCUCCAUCCUGGAGAACAAAGCCGACGUUGGGGGGGGGAGAAGUGUAAGAUAAACUCUAAAAGGAAUCAAGACAAAAAAAUGUCGCUGUAAAAUAAUGUAAUUGUGAAUUCUCUACAGACAAUCCUGCCAGAAGACAAUCAUGUGAAGGUAGACAGACAGGUAGACUGUCAGUUACACAAAUAGACUCGUAGUUGGAGAGACAGGGAGACAGAAACGGAUAAUUAUAGUGAUAGGCACUGCCGCUGAAAACCCACAGUCAUCUGCUCAAUAAUGAUACAUACAGACAGACACUGCCGUCACAAACCUGCUGCCUGUGCAGCUUGUCACUGUGUUCCUUGUAAAGGAAGUCUUUAAACCUCCAAUCCCUUCAGGGAGGAAUCGUGUAACAGUUUGGGUGAUUGUAACAGCACCCCUCUGUGGCCAGUCUGUGCUACUGCAUGUCAUUACUGUCAUGCAUGAUGCAUAAAGGCUGGCAAAACCUUUCCAAGAGGGAGUUCAGUUCACUGCACAGCCUGAGCUGCUCUAUUAUUAGUGCAGCAUUAUCAGCAGCGCUCCACCUCUGGACUCCCUUUGCAGUCAGUUUUAAACCUUGGAAUAAAGUCUCUGACUACACAGACUGAAAGUUACCACUUCGUUGUGUUAAUUCUCAGUGAGGUCACAGCGAGACAUAUGCACAUUAAAUGAUGCAUUUAGACGAACAUAUCAAACUCUCUGGUAGAGUUGCCGCACAUUUCCACCUGUAACAUUUGUAAUAACGCAAUAGAUAACGCAUAAGAACUGUGAGUUGUUCCUGUCAGUCUAAUGCAGUUACCCAGCACAUCCUACUGUAUGUUUUCUCACGUCCUUGUUGAUUGUGUACAGUACUACCUGGUGAAAACUUUGACCUGUUUUUGAAAUUUAUGCCAAAAAUUGUCAUUCUUCUGCUUAGACAUCUCAUCGUCAUGCACCAUUUUGUUUAUAAAUCUUUAUCCAUUUUCCCUGUAACACACAUACAGCACCUAACAAAUCACUUACAAUGCCUCUUAAAGGGUCAGUCCACCCAAAAUUUGCUAAAAACAUAUAUAAACUCACUUCUAAUAGUAUCUAUCCUGCAGAUAGUUUUGGUUCUGUUUACAGACAUUUUAUGAAAUCUGUCUCUGGAAUUUUAUUUCUUGCUCUUACAACACUGACAUUAACUACAGUAACGGGCACAUGUGUCGUAAUUUUUCCAAGCUUACAGGAACUAUAUGUAUGAUUUAGUGACAUCUAGUGAGGAGGAUCUAGAGGAUUGAGCAUUGCAAUCAGCUGAAACUUGCCCCAUGUGCCUUGCGUUAAUUCGAGGUGAGGAUUCCUUCAGUGUUCCUUCUUCAGGGGGUUUUAUCGGGAGCCGAAUUAUCCACAAAGGUCUCUUCCUCUCCAGAACAAACAGACUUGAUGAUUUAAACCAGUAAAAACACUGUAUAAAGCAGUUUGAACACACAAAUUAGUGUUUCUGCGUCAGCAUUCAGCUUGUUGAGCACAGCUGCUAGCCCACCUCCUGCACCUUUUUUCUCUGAUAACUCAAGAUCCAGACGUUCAGGAGGUUUCUACCUUGGGCCGAAUUAUCCGCAGAGGUCUCUUCCUCCUCAGAACAAACAGACGCGGUGAUUUAAAUCAGUAAAAACACAGAAUAAAGCAGUGUCAUGUUAAAAAUCAGUGUUUUUCCAAUGCUGUUUGGCUCGUUGCAGAGGGGCUGCUAACUACAGUGCCCAAUGCAAAAUCAUGAAGGGCCCUAUCUAGAGCCAGUGCUUGACUUGUCUGCUCUGGGCUAGAGUUCGAGUGUUGCAACAUGGCGGGCUCCCUGGACAAGGACCUGCUCCCUAUUUAGAUAUAAAUGGCUCAUUCCAAAGUGAUGACAACAUGAGGAGUCCUAUUUCUCCCUUUAAUCCUACACACUGGACCUUGAAGCUCCAACAUACUUUCUUUUACCUUUUAUUGAAUUGAAUUGAAAUCCCAGAGACGGAUAUAUUAGGACCUUGGCAAAUACAAUCCAAACUAUUUGCACAGAUAGAUACACUAAAUAGGAGUUUGCCUUUUAAUUAAAACAAGCUGACCCUUUAACUCCAUGACUUACUGUGCUGCACUCACAGGGACAGGUGCAUGUGUGUACACUGCCCUUACUGUUGUAGCUAGGAGCGUGUGUUUGCUUAGAAAUCACUAAUAGAGGGGUGUGUUUUAGGAGCGUGUGAUGUGUAUACGUCGUAGCUGUUGCCAUGGCGACGGUGUUCCUGGGGUCAGUGUGUGUGUGCGCGCUUGUAUAACUCUUUAAUUAGGAACGGGACAGCUUUUGUCCUCAAUGGCUUCAAAUUCACUGGCGUAUACCUCCUUUACUGACACUUAACUGUACACAGACACACACAGAUACACACAUGCACACUAUAGUUGCUAUUGAAAGGGAAAAAAAAGAGCUAGUGGAUGCUGGAAGGCCUUAAGGACCUUGAGUUUCCCCUUUCUGCUCUAUAGCCAUUGUAAAUGUGCCUGACUGUGUAUUAAACUCUAUUAUUAUAAUAAUAACUAAUGAUAAGCCAUUAUAGAUAUAACGGCUCAGAUUUUUGAUGUAUUUUGAUGGUUUGUAUUGCUGUGCCACUGUGUGGCUCGGGAUAGGGGGGUAAAUUAUGUUAGACGUGUGUAUGCUUGUGUGUUUGAUGCACGGUGGAUCAGCAGAAGAGGAGGAAUCCUCCGGAGGACUGGUCUGACAAUCACAAAAGUAUGAGAUGCAUCUUGGUGUGGAGACUUCUGAUGCUUCACCGCUGUGGUCACACACACACUCACACACUCCCAAGGAGACCCGCUCAUCCAGACAGUAUUUAAGAAGAACUGUUGAGGGCAAUGGGCGUCUCCGCUUGUGUCCUGGUACUCACACGUGCAGCAUCAGGCGAGGAGAGAAGCCAUGCAAGACUUUUACUUUGAAAUUACACCUCUACUUUGAGAGGUAGAGAGAAGACUUUUACUAUGUGUUCAGAUCCUGAUGGCGAUUGUAUUGGCAUGGUUUUCUUUCUGUCAGUCACUUUCCUUUCUUUCUUUUCUUGGCUUUUCUUUACUUAACUUUUCUCCUUUACUUUUCUUCUCUUUUCUUUCUUUUCUUUGCCCUGUCCUCUGUUAUUUGUUGCUUUUGUCUGAAGUUUAAAAGUUUAAAUAAAGAUGUUUCAAGAAUUCUCA